ACGCGAUUGCUGAAAAUGAAUUAAAUCGCGACUUGAUCCAAUAACAGCAGCAGGCCUUGAGCAUGAGCCGGAAAGAUCUCGUUGUGGCUCGCUCAUGACAACGACAGCAGGGAAUAGGAAAGUUCUGUAUACCUGAUCCAUCUAGAAUUUACCUUCUUUUUUUUUAUUCGUUUUCAUUUUGUUUUCUGCUAUGGCACUGUGAAGGGUUGCGAGUUCGUUGAAUGGAUCAAUCUCAAUACUAUAAUUCCCAUUUUCCUUCGUGCACCCUUUCUUUGAAUAGUACUUCCAAAAUGCCCAAAUCACACUACUUCAACAAUACCGAUUACUGGACAAUGGAUCGUGUGAUUCACUGGCUAGAAGUGAAUGAGUUUAAUAGAAAUGUCAUUGAUGUUUUUAAAGCAAGGAAUAUCUGCGGAAGGACAUUCCUUGAUGUAGACAUGUCGUAUUUGAUGACUUUUCAGAAUGAGCUGAUGCUCUCAUAUUCUGACAAGCGCAAACUCGCCCAUGCUAUCAAAGCUUUGAAAGCACCAGAAGAGACUCAUAAUAACCCACAACAAACAAGAAGCAACUAUAAUGUCAGUCGCCAUAAUCUGACUGCGAAUUCGUCAAGCAAUAAUGGACAGAGAUAUGUUAGUUCACCGGAAAAUAUUACGCCCUUGAUACCAGAAAGAAAAUCCUCAAAUAAUGAGCAUGUAUUAGAUUGGAUGAAAUCGUUCAAUAUACCAAAACGACCUUUCGUGUCCACUGCUAAUGUCAACAAUACCAUAGCAGCAACAGGUGCAUCAGCGGCGCGUCACCAUCACCAUCAGCACCAUCCAAAUUUGCAGCCUACAUAUUUUAACCAUACAAUAGCAAAUAGCCAGUCUGGAAUAUAUCAACAUCAUAGCCAGCAUUCUAAUUUCCCUGUUAGUCCAAAAAGUCCUAGAAUUGUACAUAGUAAUCAAUUACCACUUUCCUCUUCAGCAGCAUCCACUAUGAGCAGCAAUACGACCACGUCCUCUUCUACUACUACAGAUGGUUCAUGGAAACUUGCAAGAAGGCGACCUACGCCAGCCGCUACAAGUUCCACGGUCAAUCCUUUGAACAAUAUGGGUUUAAACACAGCUCUGUCUUAUGGUGAUCAAACAAUUCACAUUACCCCUCCUCCUCCUCCUCCUCCACAGGAGCCACAACAAUUUAUUCAUGUCACCACAAACUCAGAUACAUUCCAUAGUUUACAAGUUACAGGCAUGCACGACCCACGUUUGAUUAAAAACUCAAUUAUCAGAAAGCUAGGGCUAGAAGGAAAAUGUGAUAAUUAUAGAUUCUUCCAUGAAAAUGGAAAAAACACCGAUAUACCCUUGACUGAUAGUGAAUUAUCGCAUAUUUGUCAGAUGUCUGACCAUAGUGCUACGAAUAGAAUUUUAGUCAGGCCCAUCUCGAUAAUAAGUAAAGAUGAUCACGGCUAUCACAAUGCCAAUAAUUACCACCAGCAAUACUCCCCUAUUGUGAACAACAAUAGCGCAAGAUCUUAUAGUAGCCACCAAGAUAAUCAGUACACUCUCAAUAAUUCAUCACAGGAUAAUGACAGAUCAGCAAACACAAAUCUUAAAGGCCAAAUUGCAGUUGUCGACUCUCUUAAUGGUAGCAGAGGCCUAAGCAACGACACUUAUAACGAAAAAGCUCCUAAUCUCAGUUAUAUGCGUAAAGCAUCUAUUGAUAUUACUGCCAGUAGUAGCACGCUUUCGCCUAUAAAAAGUAUUUCAAAAUCAAAUCGUAGUAGUACAUCCUCAACGGAUAAUCGUGAUUUUAACCAACUUGCAGCUGAUGCAAAGUUGAUGGAUAGCUCGCAGCAUUCAUGGGCCGUUCAAGAUCCAUCUCAAAGUCUUCAUUCCCCCUCGUCUCAACAUCAGGAGCCGCUGCAAAGAUCAAGCCAACCGGAUAACUCCUUGUUAUGUGCACCCACCAAAUCACCAAAUGAAACACAUCACUCAUCAGCAGCACCACUCUUUGUAGCCCCUACAUUAAAUACAAAGACAGCCAUAUUAUCAGAUUCUGUAGCAACAAGGGUAGAAUUAGAUAAAGAUGCGCCUGUUUCGCUUUGGGCUGUACCACCAUCAAAACCUGCGGCAUCACUUGCUCAUUCACCCACUCCGGCUUUGUGGGCUGUUGAACCAAAACCGCAGCAGCAAAAACCAUGCUCGUCAGCUGAUAAUUCUGAUAAGAAGCAUAUAGGGGAUGCAAAGCCUGUCUCUCUUUGGACUGUUUCGCCUUCAAAUCAACAUAUGACAACUUCAACUUCUUCCACACUGAAAGAUGAAGCAGCUCCAGUUUCUCUAUGGGCAGUACCUCCCUCUUCUGCGGGCAUUAAGUCAAGUGCAACUCCCUCUACCCCCCAACCUUCAUUAUGGGCUGUUCCUCCACAAACACAAGGUCACUUUGAAAAGCAGACGCGCGCUGAAAGUAGUAGUAGUAGUAAUAGUAGUAAAACGUCGACAGUUUCUUUAUGGGCGGUCUCGCCUUCCAAACAGCAGCAACGUGAAACGAAAGAGCAUACCAAAGGCGAGGGUUCAGCGGUAAAGGCAACAACCGGCCCUUCAGAUACCCCUACGUUAAAAUCGGAAACAAGCGACGCUUCUUCAAGCGUUUCUCAAAGCAUAGACAGCCUUAGCAUGAAUCGGAAGAAGGAUGAUGAAAGUGGCACAGUCAGUAGAAACCGUAUUGUGCAAUUUGAAACUGAUGAAGAUGAAUCGCAUAUCUUAUCUUCAGCUUCAAGCGUUGCUAGUGCACCUGAAUUGAAAGAUGGCAUUGAGCAGUUGUCUAUCUCGUCAACAUCAACAACAUCAGAUGAGGAAGAUGAAACGAGAGAACAGCACGAAAAGAAGCAGCCUGCAAUUAUGCAUCGUCAUAUGCAUAGCCGUAGUAACAGUGCUUCCAAACUACAUAUUGAUAUUACAAAUUCCCUUCCGAACCGCAGCGUAGGAGGAGAAGAGAAUAAUCAAAAUAUUCUCGACUCACCCAACCUGUCUUCACCCUCUCAUAGUGGCUCUGCCUUGGAUCCAAUAAAUGAUGAAGAAAAUUGGGCCGAGCGUCCUUCUGUAGAUCGUCUAUACAAAGACAUUGAUAAAUACUUACCCGGUCAUGAUUUAGACAAAGAAAUUAUCAUAAAUGAAUCCUCUACAGCAACAUCCCACUCUGAUAACAAUUCUGGUGGUAAUAGCAAUAGUAGAGAAGGAGGCGGAAAUAAUAUUUAUAAUAGUGAGCCUGAAACUCCUACAAUAGUCACCAGUUUACCGCCAAAUAGAAAGCUGGUAGGCCAUAGAAAAUCUAUUCGUAACGUGGCUCGCGAAGCCCAUCGUAAUUGGCGCAAUGCUGUCAACGUCAUACGUGCGAAUAACAAUUUAAUACGACGACGAAGUACAAAAAUGUGGCAUCGAAAUGUUGAACAAGUGAAGCCCGGAGACAAAAUUGAGCCUAUUAUCCCUCAAAAUUCUGAAAAUGAAACAGCAGCAUCCACAACAGUAGCAGAGCUAGAACAAGGACAACAACAAGUACGAUCAUCACCACUACAACAAAAUAGUGGCGGCGUAGUACCACCUAAAUCUAAAAAGUUACAAUGGAUUCGUGGUGAGUUGAUUGGUAAAGGCUCUUUUGGACGUGUGUAUCACGCUUUAAACGUCGAAGCAGGUGAAUGGAUUGCAGUAAAACAAGUCGAUUUACCGAAUACUAAGUCUGAUUACGGCAACACUCAAUUAAAUGAUAUGAAAGACGCAUUGUAUCGAGAAAUUUCGUUGCUGGAAGAUUUGGACAAUGAGUAUGUGGUGCAAUAUUUAGGUUAUGAUGUGGAUCACGCAGAGGGAUAUAUCAAUAUCUUUUUGGAGUACGUGCCGGGCGGUAGCAUCGCCUCCUGUUUGGCCAAGACAGGAAAAUUUGAAGUGCCUUUGGUCAGGUUCUUCACCCGACAAAUCCUAAUGGGCGUUGCUUAUCUUCACAGCCGCAAUGUUUUGCAUAGGGAUAUCAAAGCCGGAAAUAUUCUUUUAGAUCAGAAUGGUGUUUGUAAAAUUACAGAUUUUGGAUUAUCUAAACUAAGUGGGCAAGAUAAGGCGUAUGAUCCUCAUUCGAAUAACUCUGUGAUGAGAGGAACAGUCUUUUGGAUGGCGCCUGAAGUUGUGAAAGGAACGAAAUACAAUGCUAAAGUGGAUAUUUGGAGCUUAGGGUGUACAGUCAUAGAAAUGUUGACAGGAAAACAUCCAUGGCUUGAUUUGAAUAUGUUAGCUGCAUUAUACAGUCUUGGUAAAUACCAAGCGCCUCCUAUACCAGAAGGUAUUCCUGAUGAUGUAUGCGAUUUUCUCGAAAAAUGUUUUACUAUUAACCCUGAGGAACGGCCUACCGCCGAGCAAUUGUUAUUACAUCCUUUUGUGCAGCCAGAUCCAACGUUUGAAUUCAAAAAAUACAUGAAAAAAGUCGAACUUGAACGUAGGCAAUCUAGGAAGCUUCAGCAGCAUCAGCAACAACAUCAGCAAUUCCAUACAAAGCAACCAUCACAUACUAUUCCCGCUAUUAUUUAGAGUAAUCAUUUUGCAAAAAUACCACUUGUUUUUUAGAAUAAUAUCUGACAUUUCUCUGUCUCCAUUUUACUAUUCUUUAUAACAGUUAUUCAUAUCCUUUAAUUCUUGUUUAUUGUUGUUAAAUUAUAAUGACAUUUUUGUAUAUCAAUUCCAUAAUUUUUUGAUUUGCCAAUUGAUUAGAAUUACACACCAUGCAAUUUAGCCUGCAAAAUUAAAUGUGUUGUUUAAAUUCAAACACACAGACAUCCUGACAGUAGUACAAAUGAGCGCAUGUUGUGAACGAGGCAUUUCGGGCAUUUGAUCACUUCACAAUUACCGUC